GGACAAGGUCAGCAGAUGGCUUUAAAAGGCAGCAGGUUGCUCCCAGAGGAGCCAGGGACGGAGAGGGACGGCGUCCGAGCCGGACAGGGAGCAGCCCAGUGUUGUUGUUUGUAGCCUCAGAGAGAUUCUUGAAGAGGGUUGAAUGAUAGUGAAGAUCCAGAAUACCUGUCUAAAGAAUAAGCCUAAAUAAACUAUCAGGAAUUAAGCAGAAGCCUGCAGGGAGUGGGAAAAUGGGAAGAAUGCAAAUGAGUGAAUGCCCUCUUUGAUCUGGGCUGUUCCUGAGCAUAAUCUGCUAACCUGGCAGGCACCAGGGACGAGUGGAAUUGCUGCCCAUAAGCAGGAAGGAACCUCAGCCCCUUUGCAAGCAGUUUCUCAGUUUGGUUGUUGGUUUGAGGGAAGCAACAGCCAGAAGAGCCCUGUCCCCCUGCAGAACGGGGGAGCUGGGCCCACUCUGGGGCUGCUCACCUGCUGCUUGCACCAUGGGGAUUGUUCUUUCAAGCAGGAAUUGCCUGAAAUCAUAAGGAUUCCACCCACACUUGAAAAAUACACAAUAAAGGAUUCAUCCUGAAAAAGGUACAACCACAGCACUGGGUUCUCUCCAGAGGGACUGUGACAGGAGUGACCUCCAGGAGCCAUCUCCCAAGGUGGGACACAGAGCCACAGGCUGGACGUGGCACAGAGCACAGAGUGAGUGACUUCACCUGGGACUGAGCUCUGCUCCUGGACAUGGGGGCCAUAGGAGCAUUUUGAGGGACACCGGCAAGCAGGGUUUGCUCUGGAACCUGCCCUGACCAUGUCUCCUCCAGUGCUGUCAGAGCUGGGCUAUGUCCCCCCCGACGGAGGAUGGGGCUGGGCCGUGGUGUUUGGAGCCUCUAUCUCCAUUGGGUUUGCAUUUACCUUCCCCAAAGCUUUCACAGUCUACUUUAAAGAGAUCCAGGCUUUCUUCAACAUCUCCUACAGCCAGAUUGCCUGGACAACAUCCAUCAUGUGUGCCACCACCUACGGAGGAGGUCCCAUCAGCAGCAUUUUGGUGAACCGCUACGGCAGCCGCCCCGUGGUGAUGUUUGGGGGGCUCCUGUGUGGGGUGGGGAUGAUCUCAGCUGCCUUCUGCACCAGCAUCCUGCAGCUCUACAUCUGCGUGGGCUUCAUCACAGGAUUUGGCCUUGCUCUCAACCUUCAGCCAUCAGUGAUAAUCAUAGGGAAAUACUUCUUGAAGAGAAGACCCCUAGCCAAUGGCCUUGCUAUGGCUGGGAGCCCCGUGAUGCUUUGCACCCUGGCACCUCUCAACCAAUUCCUUUUUGACAAUUUUGGCUGGAGGGGCAGCUUUUUAAUUCUUGGGGCAAUUUUAUUAAACUGCUGUGUGGCAGGAGCUCUCUUCAGACCCAUCGGGCCAGGCACAGCACAGGUCAAAACCCAGGUGACUGAGGAAGGGAAGGAUGCCCUGAAAGGAAAGAUCACUGAAGAUGGCCCCAUGGAGAGCAAAACAGAAGAGGAAGGAGAAAAGGACUGCUUUGAAAAAGUCAAUCAGUACCUUGAUUUCUCCCUCUUUAAACACAGAGGGUUCUUGAUUUACCUGAUCGGAAACGUGCUGAUGUUCCUGGGGUUCUUUGCCCCCAUCGUUUUCCUGGCACCCUAUGCCAAGCACACCGGCGUAGACGAAUAUUCAGCUGCUUUCCUGCUCUCCAUCCUGGCCAUUGUGGACAUGGUCGCUCGCCCCGCCACGGGCAUCAUUGCCAACAGCAGGUGGGUGAGGCCGCGGAUCCAGUACUUCUUCAGCUUCGCCAUCGCCUUCAACGGUGCCUGCCACCUCCUGUGCCCGCUGGCCUCCAGCUACACGGGGCUCAUCGUCUACUCCAGCUUCUUUGGGCUGGCCUUUGGCAUGGUGUGUGCCAUGCUCUUCGAGACGCUGAUGGACCUGGUGGGGGCUGCCCGCUUCACCAGCGCCGUCGGGCUCGUCACCAUCGCCGAGUGCUGCACCAUCCUGCUGGGACCCCCCAUCGGAGGAAUUCUUAUUGAUACCUUUGGGGACUAUAAAUAUAUGUUCAUUAAAUGUGGAUCUGUGAUGGUCCUGGCAGGAACCUUUCUGUUCAUCAUGAAUUAUUAUAAUUAUCGUAUGCUUGCCAAGGAGGAGAAGGAAAGAAAGGCAAAAGAAGAGGAUCCUAAAUCUGUAAGGACAGAAAAUGAAGGCCAAAAAAACUGGAACAAAGACUCCACACAGGAUGGACCUGAGCUGGAACCUUUGAAAGAGAAGGGAGAAGGAUUAAAGAAGGAAAUGAAUGGCACAAAUGAAGUUUAAACCCGUUCUCAUGGGCUGAAUGGUAAAUGACUUUUGGGUUGCUCAAGUGAACACCAGCUCUGAAAUCACACUAGGUUUGAAAAUUUUACUCUACUCUCUGCCAUGUGCAUCCUCGUCUUUGUUGUAGGAGAAGACUAACCAGCAAUAAAUCCUGAUUCCUACAAACUGCUGGGACACUGCAGUAUCUGCUUGCUUACCAAAGGUCCUGCAAGAUUUUCCUUUGGAUAUUCCCCAUUUCCCAGAGAAAGGGGAAAUGUGAUGUUUUGCAGGGGGCCAGGAUGAGGCUGGCAUGAGACAGGAGUCUUCCUUCAGGUGCUUUGUGCAGGGCAGAAAUUUAAUCUUAAGCUUAACCCUUGACCUACAUCCCAACAGUGCAAAUUUAAUUUUUCCCUGGGAGGUUACAAAGUGCUUAUUUAUCCAAUUUCUGAGAGCCCUACCAUUUCUAGUGAGCUUUUUCUUUGCAACACCCUGGUGAGACAGUAAGUGUUGCCACUAUUAAUUAAUUGUACAAAUGAAGAACUGAAGCACAGGGGAGCACAAUAAAGCUUGGGCAUGCCAGAGCUGAAAUGGAAUCCAAUGCCCUGAGCUGCCUAAAAGCCCUGCUGAGCACAGGUAUCCCCUUGCUAGAAAAGGGGAAUACAAUGGAUAGCAAUGCAUUAAACCUGUGCACAGUGCACUCUGCUCACUGUGUGCUUCACACUACUCACACUAAUCGCAAUUAGUGAUUUUGAGCACUGUCUCAGAGCUGGGCCCUCGUGCCAGGCUUUCUUUUUCACCUGCUUCAGUUGCAUCCAUGCUGGAGGGAGUCCAAAGCCAGCUGCCUCCCCCUUGUUUGGGCUGGAGUGGGCACCUCCCUGCUGCUGGUGCUGCAAUUCCUGCUGGCCCUGCUGCACAAAGCAAAGUUUGCCAGGGCAGUGAUGCAGAGGUGGAGCUGAGACCACAUGGGAGGCUCCCAUCUGAUGUAUUUUAUAGCAAGCAGAGACUCUCAUCCUGUGGUGAUAAUUUUGAUCUGUGAGGAUUUGCUCUCUGAUGUAUUUUAUACCAAGCAGAGGCUCUCAUCCUGUGGUGAUAAUUUUGAUCUGUGAGGAUUUGCUCUCUGAUGUAUUUUAUACCAAGCAGCUGAUGCCCAAGAGCUGUGGAUGCUGAGUGUGACAUCAUGCAGUUGAAUCAUCAGAUUUCUGUGGAAUUUCAUGGAUUUGAUUAGAUAAAAACAAGGACUUUUCAGGCAGAUCACCCAAAUCCUAAGCUAAAACUUGUCCCAAAGUUAGUUCUCCUUUUUCUUUGUUUCAAUGGUACCCAUAUGUGGUCAGAUCAUAUUUUUUCAUGGUUUUGUCUUUGAAGAACUGUAUUUUCUUGUCACUUGUGUAAACAAUAUGAAGAAAACCUUGUAAAAAUACUUGCAUAAAUACACUGUAUUUUUAAAAUUAGGUCAUUCUGAUCUUCUUGUACAAAACCUUUUCUGUAAAUUCUUUUGUUUUUUUGAAGAAUAGUGGUCUUUGACUUCAGUAGGACUUAAAUUUUAGCCUUAUGUCAUAACUUGUAUUUUCUCUAAAAAAAACAAAAUAUAUACAGAAUAAUUAGCCUUCAGUGCUUGUUUUUAAUACGCUUUAUUUCUGUCAAAUAUAUCUGUGAUAUUUCAUUUUAAAAGGCAUUAAUAGAAGGUCAUGAAUGUUUUCCAAUAUGCCUUCUGUCAUAUACUUAAUAAAACCAUUUAAAAAAAUUAAA